AUGAGGGCAUUUUCAUUGCAACGAAUACCGUCCAAUUUGCUCAUUUUUUUUAUUUUGUUAGGGGAAAGUUAUGUUUGUUUGUCGUACAGAAUAACCCAAAAUUCUUUUUACGUGUUUGUCCAAUUUUGGUUUGUAGUAACAAACAAUAAAAGUUUGCUUGAACUACGUUGUUCGUUAUUUUUACCACUUUUUGUUUAUACGGAAGUGUAUAUUGCGACAUUAAAAAAAGGCGCUGACCGUCAAAUAUCACACGUUAGAAUUCACAACAAACAAAAUUCAGGCUCUCUUAACACAGGCUUUGUUCAAUUUAAUUGUUUUUACAACAAUUGA